UAUAAAUAAAGAUCCCCCUAAGCCCUCUUCUCAUUCACAAAUUCACUUUCCGAAACCUAAAUUCAUCUUUUCAAUCCUCAUCGCGAAUUACGAUCAAGAUGCAGAUCUUCGUUAAGACUCUCACCGGAAAGACGAUCACCCUCGAGGUGGAAAGUUCUGACACGAUCGACAACGUUAAAGCCAAGAUCCAGGAUAAGGAGGGAAUCCCACCGGAUCAGCAGAGGCUUAUCUUCGCCGGAAAGCAGUUGGAAGACGGCCGUACUCUUGCCGAUUACAACAUCCAGAAGGAAUCUACUCUCCAUCUGGUUCUCAGACUCCGUGGAGGUAUGCAGAUCUUCGUCAAAACCCUAACGGGAAAGACGAUCACCCUCGAGGUGGAGAGUUCUGACACCAUCGACAACGUCAAGGCUAAAAUCCAAGACAAGGAGGGGAUCCCACCAGACCAGCAAAGGCUGAUCUUCGCCGGGAAGCAACUCGAGGACGGACGAACUCUUGCUGACUACAACAUCCAGAAGGAGUCGACUCUUCAUCUAGUGCUCAGGCUUCGUGGUGGUAUGCAGAUUUUCGUUAAAACGUUGACGGGCAAGACCAUCACCUUGGAGGUUGAGAGCUCGGACACAAUUGACAACGUUAAGGCCAAGAUCCAGGACAAGGAAGGCAUCCCUCCGGAUCAGCAGAGGUUGAUCUUCGCCGGAAAGCAGCUUGAGGACGGCAGAACAUUGGCUGAUUACAAUAUCCAGAAGGAGUCGACUCUUCAUCUGGUGCUCAGGCUUCGUGGAGGUAUGCAGAUUUUCGUUAAAACCUUGACCGGCAAGACGAUCACAUUGGAGGUGGAGAGCUCGGACACGAUUGACAACGUGAAGGCAAAGAUCCAAGACAAGGAAGGCAUUCCUCCGGAUCAGCAAAGGUUGAUCUUCGCCGGAAAGCAGCUUGAGGACGGCAGAACAUUGGCCGACUACAACAUUCAGAAGGAGUCUACACUUCACUUGGUGUUGCGUCUCCGUGGUGGUAUGCAGAUCUUUGUGAAGACACUCACUGGCAAGACGAUUACACUCGAGGUGGAGAGCUCUGACACAAUCGAUAAUGUCAAGGCCAAGAUACAGGAUAAGGAAGGCAUUCCUCCGGAUCAGCAGCGUCUCAUCUUCGCCGGAAAGCAGCUCGAGGAUGGUCGCACAUUGGCCGAUUACAACAUUCAAAAGGAGUCGACUCUCCACUUGGUGUUGCGUCUGCGUGGUGGUAUGCAGAUUUUCGUGAAGACUUUAACCGGCAAGACGAUCACCCUUGAAGUCGAGAGCUCCGACACCAUUGAUAACGUCAAAGCUAAGAUCCAGGACAAGGAAGGCAUCCCUCCGGACCAGCAGCGUCUCAUCUUCGCUGGAAAGCAGCUCGAGGAUGGUCGCACAUUGGCCGAUUACAACAUUCAGAAGGAGUCGACUCUUCACUUGGUGUUGCGUCUGCGUGGUGGUAUGCAGAUUUUUGUGAAGACCUUAACCGGUAAGACCAUCACACUGGAGGUUGAGAGCUCGGACACCAUUGACAACGUGAAGGCGAAGAUCCAAGACAAGGAAGGGAUCCCUCCGGACCAGCAGCGUCUCAUCUUCGCUGGGAAACAGCUUGAGGAUGGUCGCACAUUGGCUGACUACAACAUCCAAAAGGAGUCGACUCUUCACUUGGUUCUCCGUCUUCGUGGUGGUUUCUAAAAACCUACUUCUGGCUACUCUUUUAUGUUUUUUCCUAAAAUCGUUUCUGUUUCGUGUUUCUAAGACUUCUCAUGGUUUGUGACUUUGUGUUUUGGGUGUACUUUAUAAAGGCCCUUGAUAAAUAAAUGGUGAAGUAUGUCCGGUUCCUUAUUUCUCUUUUCGUUAUAUGACAUUGUAUUUCUCUAUGUGUGUGUAUUAAAUUCACAUUUUCUGCUUG